AUGGCCGACAAAGUCGACCCCAAGGCCCCCAUGCCCGGCAUCGAAGAAAAAGGCCAGCCCGGCAAUUCCUUCACCUGGACAGCCGAAGAUGAGCGCGCCCUCCGCUGGAAAAUCGACCUGCGCGUCUUCCCCGUCCUCAUCGUCCUUUUCAUUCUCAACUUCAUCGACCGCAACAACUUCGCCAAUGCCCGUCUCAAAGGCCUCGAGGAGGACCUCCGCCUCACAGAUGUACAAUACCAGACUUGCAUCUCCAUUCUGCUAGUCGGGUAUAUUGCCUUCCAGAUCCCCUCGAACAUGCUCCUCAACACUCUCCGUCGGCCAAGCUGGUAUCUCUGCGCCGCAGCCGCCCUCUGGGGCGCCAUAUCAGCGGCUACGGCCGGGGUCCAUAAUGCCACCGGUGCUAUUCUGUGCCGCUUCUUCCUGGGGUGUGCUGAGUCGGCGCUGUUCCCGGGGAGUAUCUAUUUCCUGUCGAGAUGGUACACAAGAAGGGAGAUGCAGCUGAGGGUGACCUUGCUGAAUGUUGGAAACCUCGUCGCACAGGCGUUUGGGGGUUUGAUUGCCGCUGGGAUCCUAGGCAGGAUGGAAGGCACUGCCGGGAUUAGGGCUUGGAGGUGGCUGUUUAUACUGGAGGGUGUCAUUACCGUUGCCUGUGCAAUCAUUGCAGGCUUUAUCCUGCCUGACUAUCCAUCUACAACGGGUUGGCUAUCGGCGAGGGAAAAGCAGAUCGCCCAGCUUAGGCUUGACCUUGACGUUGGGACUGACACGAGCCCAGAGAAACCAACCCUAAGUGAUGCUUUGACUGGAUUAAAGCAGGCGGUCGUUGACCCCAAGGUCUGGCUACUUGGGAUUUCGUAUCACUGCACCAUUAUGGGCCUUUGCUUUAGCUACUUCUUCCCAACCAUCACCCAGUCCCUUGGCUACGGCACAACAACCACUCUCCUCCUCACUGCGCCUCCCUGGAUUUGGGCCGUGCUGAUUGCCCUCCCCAACGCCUGGCACGCUGACCGAACAGGCGAGCGGUUCUUCCACUAUCUUGGCCCGGCAGCAGCCUGUAUCGUGGGCUACAUUAUCGCAAUGACGACGCAGUCCACUGCACCGCGAUACGUGUCUAUGUUCUUGAUGACGACCGGAUACGCCUCAGGCUUCGUGAUGCUCGCCUGGAUCAGCAGUACCAUCCCCAGGCCCCCAGCCAAGCGGGCAGCAGCCAUUGGUAUUAUCAACGCGAUGGGUAAUGUCGGAAGCAUUCCCGGCUCAUAUAUCUUUCCGUCGAAGUAUGGGCCGCUCUAUGUAAAAUCGUUUGGGGCCGAACUGGCGAUUCUGGGGAUGGGGUGUAUUUGCGCCCUAACUCUGCGGACUUAUCUGAGAUAUCUGAAUAAGAAGAUGGACGAGGAAAGUGAGCGAGACGAGGUGUAUAGCGAGGGUGAGGUUGCUGAAGAGAAGCCGUUCCGGUAUUUGUACUGA